AUGCAUCGAGGACCGCAGGCUCUGCAAGAUUACAGCACAUUACCUGUGAAUAAAUGGGAUGAGAACCAUGUCCGGUGCUGGCUAGAAUCUAUUGGAAUCAAGAAAGAGUACGUAGAAAAGCUACAUGCGGAAGAAGUGACAGGUUCAGUGCUCAUGGAACUGGAUGAAUCUUUCCUCAAAGGCAUAGGUAUGAAAGGAGGCCAAAUCCACAUCUUAACCUGCAAGAGAAAGGAGCUUCUGCAGCUACAAAACCCACAGCAAGCCAAGCAUUCCAGCAGCAAAACGCCCGACGUAAAUCAUGCGCAAACAGAAUCGGCGAGACCCAGAAAAGCCCCCGCUCGGAAAACGGCAAGUGAAGGCAGCUGUGGUGCAGUAGAUAAAACCAGCAAAGAAAACCCAGCUUCUGCUUCUGGCAAGAGGCAAAGGAGACGCAGUAACUCCCAGCUUGAAAGUAACGAUGAAGUUUUAGAGCUCAGCAACUGCCGGCCGUUCAGACACCAGAAUGCCGAUUUCAAAUACGUGAAAGACAGAGUUCUGGCUCCGGAAUCAGGAGUCAACGGCUUGAUCACUCCUUGCCGCGAAUACAAAUCUUUUGCCAUCGCUGCGGAGCUCAGCAGAAGUCAACUGCAGUCCAAGUUUGCCUGCGAAGUGAUACGGUUUGCUUCAGCCUGCAUGAACAUUCGAACAAACGGCACCAUCUAUUUUGGUGUCAUGGACAGCAUUGAGGAUAAGGGCUGGAAACACGGCCAGAUCGUUGGCAUAAAGGUCAAAGAGCGAGAAUACUACGUUGAUGCAUUGGAUUACAUAGAAAAAUGUUUUGUUGAAAAUCUGCAAGAAACUGCAAGGAAAUGUAUUCACCCACCUGUUUUUGUUGAGGUGAUUUCAAAAGACUCUCAGGAGCAAAGAUUUGUGGUGGAGGUUGACAUUGAACCAACAUUCAGUUUAGUAAAUGGCAAAUUUUUUGAAGUGCAUUUGCCAAAAUAUAACGAAGGCAGCCAGAAGGUGACCCUGACGAAAGAGCUCGCCCUCUACCAGAGACUGGGAGCCAAGUCCGAACCUGUGGAGCGCAACAAUCUCGCUACUUUUAUCAAGGGUUUACCAGACAGGGAUGCCCAAAGAGAACAAGCUGAGCUCUCCAGCACAGUGUCUACAGAAGUAGCAUCUAAAAAUUUAGGAAGAAAGUUAUCGAUUCUACUAAACGAUGGCAAAAGCUACAUGGAUGACUCCCUACGGUACAUCCUUGUCACAAACAGAUGUGAAAAGGAUGAUCUGAACUAUAUCAACUUCUUAAUGCACUUGAACGUUUUCUGUGUCUUUGACUUUGAUGAAGAUUCCAAUGUGUCAGGACUGUACAGCAAGUACAAAAACCACCACGCAACAAGGUCUUAUUUUUUACAGGAGUUUUCCAAUGAAAGCAAGGUUGGCUUAGAAAGUAAGACUCCCUUUCAGAAACAUUCGUCCCUGUUCGAUCAGAUCAGCUGGAUCUUCUGCAACGGGCGCAGUGACUUCCACGGGGAUGAAAAGCCUUGUGACGAAAACACAUGGAUCAGAACGAAAAAGAAGUACCUUAAGAAGGCGAUCACUCGUAUCUGUGACGAAAUCCUGCCAAAGCGGUCGUUCAUUGUGCUUUUCCUACUGCUGUCACCGGUGCAGAAACCGCUUGUGGACACGUUUCAGGAAUUCUACACAGAGAUGAACGGCUCAGAGUACAUCGUUUGCAUUGCAGAGUCCACGGAAAACUACAGGAAGUGGGCGAAUCUGGCUCAGACUUCCUGCAGCAUCAAGACGCUGGAACAGUGCAGCAUCGUGGGGAUGAAACUAAGUCACGUAGACGCCACCAUUCAAAAUAUGUUGCCUUCUACAGCACAACCGAGGCACCUGCCAGUUUCCACCAGAGGACUGUGUACACUUCCCUCGCUGGAAGAAGAGAAACUGUUUUCCCUAGAAAUCCUGUGUGUGGACCAGUGCGACGAUAUCAGAUUGGAUCUUCUGACCGAAAAAGAAAUACAAGAAAUAGAACAAAAUUUUUACCGAGGGAGAAAAAUCACCUGGGAAAAUUUCUGGCUUGCUGAUAAAAGAUGCUGUGGGGAAAUCAUUGAACGUGAAGCAUGCAAGGAUGCCAGCAAACUCCUAGAUGACAUUUUACAAGGAAGUGAACACAAUUAUUCUGUGGCUAAACUAAAGAUAUUUCACCAUCCUGGAAGUGGGGGAAGCACAAUAGCACGGCAAGUUCUAUGGAAAAGAAGAAAGGAUUUAAGGUGUGCUGUUAUCAAAACCUCAUAUUCCUCUGCAACUGUCUGUGAGCACGCAGUCGCAUUUAGAGAUUAUGAAGAGAAAGAAAUCAGUCACUGCCUUCCUGUGCUCCUCCUGAUCGAGGAUUAUGAUGAAGACUAUAUAGACGAACUGAGGAAUGAGUUAAUGGAAGCUGUGGCAGCCAGGAAGAUUAAUUCCCCCAGACCUUACUUCAUCCUCCUGUGCUGUAAACGAUCCAACGACCCCGAGAGGCUUUGCAAGGCGUCUCCACUGGACACAGUUGCUGUCACUCACAAGCUGACAGAUACAGAAAAAAUUCUGUUCAGAACUAAACUUGAAAAACUGAGGCAGAAAGAUGUCAAGCCAGAAUUCAUACUUACAUUUGUCCUGAUGUGUGAGGAGUUCAAUGAAACAUACAUCAGCGACUUUGUAGGCCACAUCUUGCAAGGCAUCGACCAUUCCUCUCGCGAUACCUACCUGAUGCGCUACGUGGCUUUGCUCAAUUUCUACGUACCUAACUCACACGUUUCAUUGUCACACUGUGAGGCUUUUCUGGGACUGGGGGUAUAUACAGAAAGGAAAUCAAGAGCGUACGAUUUCAAAAGUCACUUGAGUGAGCAAGCAAGAAUGAUUUUUAUUGAGCUAAGGGAAAAUACCACCUAUAUUUCAUCUGUUCAGAUAAUACACUAUCUGGUUGCAAAAGAAAUCCUGCAUCAGCUUUCAGGGAAUGAACCUCAGAGUCAACUUGCAAUGUGUCUUCUUCAGGAAAAGACACUCCUUGGAAACAGAUUUGGACGAGAUGAAUUCAUAAAGUUCAUCAGAGAUCUGUUCAUUCGACGUGACAAAAGAAGCAGAGGUGACAACACUGACACUCUUUUCUCCCCGUUCAUUGAACAUGUCUGUAAAGCUGAAAACUGUGAAAAAGCUAUAGCUGUUUUAAAAGCUGCAUAUGAACACCUUGGAAAAGACGCUUUUUUUGCCCAGCAGCUUGCCAGACUGCACUACACCAAUGAAAAAUUUGAAGAUGCGCUAUACUGGGCUGGGGUUGCAAAAGCUGCUUUGCCGCACGAUUCCUUUAUUUUAGAUACCGAAGGUCAAGUAUACAGGAAAUGGUUUAGUUACACUGUGGAUAAAACGACAGAGGAGGACACUCCUGAAAGAAUCAUUGAAAAGAUAGAGAUUGCUCUUAAAGCUAUGAAAUGCUUCAGGGGUGCACAACAGGCUGCAAAAGCAGAACGUGAUAACAUGAACAACGCUGGCUAUUUUGGAGAAGUAGAAGUAGGAUGUCGUCUUCUUCGGUUUUUGUCCACAGUCCCUGUAUUUCGCAGAAGCGCGGAGGGGGAAUAUUCUGAGCUUGUGAAAUACCUGAUCACAGAUUAUGUUCCUAAAGACAUUGAGAAAACAUGGGGAAGGCUUCACUUCCGCUUGAAAGGCUUACGUCAGAACCUGUACAACGCUCUGGAAUGGAUUUCAGAAGAUCUAAGUUAUUUCCAAACGGAUAAAACCCACGAGAAGGAAGAGGAUGAUGACAGAGAUGAAAAGGAAGAUCAAAUUUAUAACCCUAGAAAAUGGCUCAAAAGACAGUCUGAGGUAUAUGCCAAGUUCUUCAUCUCAGCAUCACUUAUGGAGGAGAGCAACGGUGGCCCCGAGAGCCAGCUGAUUAGACGCAUGAAUAUUUAUAAGAGAGGCGGAGGCAGCGUCACUAAUAUCCUCUCAUUCUUAACAGAUAAGAAAGGGAACAGGGCAGCUGAAAAGCUAGAAAAUAUCCUUAGUUUCUAUACAGAAAACCCACUGAAGCUGGAGGACAACGAUCUGAUCAAUUAUAUUUUCUGCCACAUCACACUAACAUGCCUAGCACCAGGAUCAGCCAGGCUUCUUCCAAUGCAAACUCUUCGUGAGCUCAGCGUAAGAUUCUUUAAAGGAAAAAGACCAUUUCCACCGAGUGCCCAUUUUUUGCUCACCUUGCUGUACUGGCCAGAUGAGGCAUUAGACAAAGAGCCUAACCCAGAUAAAGACGAUAUUCUCAACUCGGCCCUUCAAACACUGUACCGCUUAUAUGAUAUCAAGGUGAAAGACGUUCCUCCCAGAAAGAAAAGGAUCUACACCCACUUUUUUCUGGGAAAGGGCUAUGGCUUAAGGAAGAUUGUGCACAAAAAUAAGAUUGAUAAAUUAAUCAGCGGGUCGUUAGAUGAGAGGAGAAUGAAGUGGCUCCGUGGAAGUGUAUGGAACGUUGCUGGGAUUUGUGACAUUCUCAAGAGAGUUUCUGGCUGGACCAUGGACAGGAAGUUAUUUAUACGUGGACACAUGAAAGAGCUUCGUAUCUUGCCGCUCCAUCAUGAUUCAGUGCCCCCUGGAAGUGAAAACGUGACCUUUUAUUUAGGCUUUUCAUUUAAUGGUCUUGUUGCUUUCAAUAUUGAGGUUGAAAAAUAG